AAAAAACCCUUUAACAAAUAAUUGUAGGCUUCUUAAGAUGGUUAAAAAUUAAAUGAAAUAUGAAACAAUUAAUACCAAAACAGAGGAAAAAUAAAAAUGCUUCAAAAAGAUAAUCCUAUUAGCCAUAAUCAUCAUCCAGCAUCAUAACAAUAGCAAAACAUCAUCAGCUACACUAGCGCCACUCGUUGUAUACACGGUAUACUGUGUUGUUAACCUAGGUCCUUUUGAAUGGAAAACUUUUCAGUGGUUUCAGAUUAUCUCCAGCUUUGAUAACAGGAAGUUGCAUCCAUUUGAGAAAUCCGGGUUUUUGAUUUUGGUUUAAAUUUUUUAAGCGGUCUUUUGCGGAAGUUGAUGAAAGAUAACAAUAAAAAAAAAAAAAAACGAAUGCUCUCUCAUACAAUUUUAUAUAAAACCAAUUAUUUGGGUUUUUCCUUUUAGCUAUCAGAGAUAUCCUUUUUGAGUAUUAUAUUUUUUUUUCCUUUCCGGUCGGGUGCCAUUUUUUCUUUUUAAAGCUACCGGGUUUAGGAGCUACUGUUGAUAAAUUUAAUUUGAGAAAAUUAUUUUUUUUGUCGUGAUAUUAAUUUUUGUUUUAUUUUUUAUUCUGCCUUUCUGGUGUGAGAAGAAAUAAAAAAAAAAAAUAUUUAAUAAAAAAUAAUAAAUUAUAAUCAAUUUGUGUUUAUAAAAUAAAAAGUUAUAAUUAAUUAUCAACAAAGAAAUAAUAUAAUGUUGGCGAUGUCAACAUUGAUGAUGCCAGCACCAACAAUGGCAAUUGGGGCACCACAAAUAGCUAUGGGCCCACACAAGCCACCUGAAGCUAAAUUGCUGGCUAUACAUCCAGCUCACAAUCAGGUACAGCAACAACAGCAGCAACAACAGCAACAGCAAAUUCAACAUAAUGGACAACAUAUGCAGCAACAGUCUCAACAACAGCAACAACAACAACAACAACAACAACAGCAUCAGCAACAGCAACAACAACAACAGCAGAUGCAAAUUUCAACGAGUAUUAAACAAGAACAGUAUCACAUAUUCGUUGGGGAUUUAAGUCCGGAAAUCGAAACGCAACAGCUUAAGGAUGCAUUUACACCAUUUGGAGAAAUAUCAGACUGCCGAGUUGUACGGGAUCCACAAACGUUGAAAUCGAAAGGAUACGGAUUUGUUUCGUUUGUGAAAAAAACUGAAGCGGAGAGUGCCAUCAGUGCGAUGAAUGGCCAGUGGUUGGGAUCACGGUCGAUACGAACAAAUUGGGCCACGAGAAAACCGCCAGCAGUAAAAACGGAUGUUAACUCGAAACCUUUGACAUUUGAUGAGGUGUACAACCAAAGUAGCCCAACUAAUUGCACCGUGUAUUGUGGCGGAAUUAAUGGAGCACUCUCUGGCACACUAACUGAGGAAAUAUUGCAGAAAACUUUCUCACCCUUUGGCACAAUACAAGAGAUAAGGGUAUUCAAGGACAAAGGAUAUGCAUUCGUUCGAUUUUCUACAAAAGAAGCAGCCACCCAUGCCAUCGUUGCCGUUCACAAUUCCGAAAUUAACUCCCAGCCAGUCAAAUGUGCGUGGGGCAAGGAAAGUGGUGAUCCCAAUAAUGUUCCAUCAAUUGCCAGCCAAGCUCUAAGUCAAGCGGGUUUCCCAUUUGGUACAGCGGCUGCUGCAGCAGCUUACGGACAACAAGUUGCUGGCUAUUGGUAUCCCUCUGCGCCAACAUAUCCAACAGCAGCUCCAGCACCAACAAAUGCCCUGCAAGCGGGACAAUUCUUGCAAGGAAUGCAAGGCUAUGCCUACAGCCAAUUUGCCGGCUACCAACAAGGAUAUAUGGGAAUGGGAGUACAAAUACCGGGAGCCUGGCAAAGCGUACCCCCUCAAGCGCAAAUACCAGGUGCAACAGCACCACAAAUAGCACAAGGAGUUGGCAGUGCUCUGCCGCAGGCAACUGGUGUUGUCGCAUACCCUAUGCAACAGUUCCAGGUUAGCCCUCAGUUAGCUGAAGAUGAAUGGUUAGCAACUAGCUUACUCGUGUAGCUCCCAUGAUGGCCACCACCCAUAUGCGGUUGCAACCCUAUAACGAAUGAUUACUCACAAGGUUUGACGUCGUUGUACAAACAAUCCAUAUAGUUAGAUAUUUUAUAUACAUAAAAUAAAUAAUAAAAAAAAAAGAAUAAAUAUCUAUAUAUACAAAAACAUAUACAAAUAAACAUACAAAAAUACAAACAAAAUGCAAUUAAAAAAUAGUUGAUAGUAGAUAAUAUAUGUAAACUAAACACAAUCUAGUUAAAAAAUUAGUGUAAAAACAAAAAAAAAAAAAAUGAAAAACAAAAACAAAAAAAAAACUAGCAAUAAAUUAAAAAAAAUAGAGAUAUAGAAUUGUUGUAGUGUUCUUAUUAUAUAAAAUGCUUCAAAAAUAAAAUUAAAAACAAAAAAAAAACAACAACAACAAAUAUGGAAUAUUAGCCGGGAGUGAUUGCAAGCAAAAUAAAUUAAAAACAAAAAAAAAAAAGAACAAGGAAAUUAUUGUAGAGGUAUUAGAUUAAAAAUUAUAUGUUUGAUUUAAUUUAGAAAUGUAAACACUUUAGUGAAUUAAUGUAGGACUAUGCACGAUAUAUCUGUGGAAUGUGUAAAUCAAUGCAAAAAUUAAAAACAGCUAAAAAUAGAAUUAUGUAAAUAAAAAAAAACUAAAAAUAAAUAUUUGAUAAAAAAAAAGUAAUUAUUUGGCGAAGAAAAGGAAACAAUGUAAUAUGCAAAAAUUGAUUAUUUUUAAAAAUAGAUAUUUAGUUUUUAUUUUGUGUAGGAAAUUUGUAG